AGAUAAAGAAUAAAGAAAGAUAUGAAAAAUCUAUUGUGCCAUUAGAACUAAAGACCGGUAGACCUUCCUUUUCUAUGGAACAUAAAGGCCAGGUUACUUUGUACAGUAUGAUGAGCUCUGAUAGAAGACCAGAUCCUGGUCAGGGUUUGUUGUUAUACCUGAGAGAUCUUGUCCAGAAAGUGAUUCCUGCUGAUCAUCUAAACAUUAGGGGUUUGAUACAAUUGAGAAAUGAGAUGGCAUAUUAUUUAAAUGAUCAAGUAUCCAAAUCCACAACAAAUGAUGGUCAGGCUUCAUAUCACAUUGGCCGGUUACCAGAUCCUAUCAACAACCAACGAGCAUGCCUCAAAUGUGUUCAACUAACAAACUGUUGUAUUUAUCAAAAGUCUAUAGAGGAAAAGAAUUUGAACUCAUCUAUGGCAAGUCUGGUUCCAAACACCUUGUGUCACCUUUUACAGGAACAUUUAGACUUCUAUGUUCACUGGUGCCUUUUGUUGGACCUGGAGAGUAAAGCCAGUACAGAUAAGGGAGGAGUCAGUGAUCUGUGGUGUAAAACAGGCCACCAAAGAGAACAAGAAGGUACCUGUAUUGAUGGACUGAGUUUAUCACAUCAUCAAGUUAAUAAUGGAUAUUGUUUAUUGACAUUUUCCAGACACCAAAAUAAGCACAAGCUAUCUUCCACCAACAUUAACAUGAUAGGUAUAGCUGUACAGGACUACAUGAUUAUAUCAAUAGAAAAGACCAAUCAUUUAGCUCUAUGCAAUGGUACAGUUGUUAGUAUAGCAGAGGAUAAUAUUGAUAUCGCUAUUGAAAGUGAAAGUUUACAGAGAAUUAUAACAUUAGAAGAGGAGAUAUUCAGACUAGAUAGAUACAGUAGCUUUAGUACAGCCAGUAUUCUGUAUUCAAACUUAUCCAAACUAAUGAUGGAUGAACCUCUAAGUGAUAAUCUUAGAAAACUGAUUAUAGACAGAAAGACUCCAGAAUUUGCAGCUAAACUAUCAAAAAUAGAAAUAGAAAAAGUAAAAGGAAUAUUCAAGUCUCUAAAUAAACCACAGAAGACAGCUGUGUUAAAGGUGUUAAUGAGCAAAGAUUAUGUAUUAAUUAAAGGCUAUCCUGGCACAGGUAAAACAGCAACAAUAGUAGCUUUAGCAAGAGUACUGAAUCUGCUAGGACUGUCUGUACUGCUGACUAGUUACACUCACUCAGCUGUAGAUAAUAUUCUGUUAAAACUUAUGAAGCAUAAUAUAGAGUUCAUACGACUUGGAAAGACCAGUAAAAUUCACCCACAGAUACAGAGAUUUUCAGCUGAUCUACUGACACGGAAACUUCAAACUGUUGGUGAUCUGAGACAAUUCUAUAGUCAACAGAGAAUAGUUGCAACUAGUUGUUUGGGUACAAACCAUCCAGUGUUUACACAGAAAAGGUUUGAUGUAUGUGUUGUAGAUGAAGCAUCCCAAGUUUUAUUACCAGCAUGCCUUGGCCCACUUUUCUGUGCUGACAAAUUUGUUCUUGUUGGAGAUCCUAAACAGUUGCCACCUGUAAUGCAGAGUAGAGAGGCUAGGGGUCUAGGUAUAGAUUUGAGUUUAUUUGACAAGUUAGAUGGAGUGGGAGGUACAUGUGAAUUAAACCUACAAUACAGAAUGAACAGACAGAUCAUGGCACUGAGUAAUCUUCUGGUGUAUGAUGGAUUAUUGCAGUGUGGAUGUGAUGCAGUAGCUAGUGGUCAGUUGAAGAUGGCCACUGAUCAAUUUUCAGAACAUUGGUUAAAUCAAGUGUUCAAGGACACCCCAUACAAAGCUACCAUCUUUAUAGAUACUUCAGAGGUGCAAGCAGAGGAGUCUAAAGAUAAUUCUGGUAUGGUUGUUAAUUUUGGUGAGAGCAAGAUUGUACAAAAACUUGUCAGUACAUGUCUCAAGGGAGGAUUACUGUCAGAAGAUAUUGGUGUCAUUGCCCCUUACAGACAUCAAGUGAGACUGAUCCAUGAUAGUUUAUCUGACUGUGCUGUAGAGGUUAAUACAGUAGAUCAGUAUCAGGGAAGGGAUAAAGAACUUGUGAUCAUAUCAUUUACAAGAAGUUAUAGGAAGAAAUUAUCUGAAAAUUUUAAGUCAGGAGACUUAUUAAAGGAUGUAAGAAGAUUGAAUGUAGCAGUUUCCAGGGCAAAGAAAAAGUUGAUUAUGGUUGGUGACCAUGUGACAUUACAGACUUACCAACCUUUGGCAGCUAUACUGAACAUGAUGAAGAAAAAUGAUCUCAUAUCCUUUUAA